GGCAGGGCGGCCCCAAGGCCUUAGAACAGGAAGAGACCGAGCCCGAGGAGCAAGGAAUACGGGGCCGGGGCUCAGAGCAGGCACUGGCACAAGCUGGAAGCGUCUUAUGAGAACCCGCCGCCGCCCCUGGUCGGUCCAGUCGGCCCGUCCGCCCGCCGCCGGCCCCGGGAGCCCAGAACGCCGAGGCGAGAGUCAGCCCGGAGCCCCCCCCCCACCCCCCGCAAUCAUGGUUCUGGCCCCCGCCCCGCUCCCCGGCCGCUCGCUGGCCGCCGCCGCCCCGGCCGGCAAAGCCAAGCUCACGCACCCCGGGAAGGCCAUCCUGGCAGGCGGCCUGGCCGGGGGCAUCGAGAUCUGCAUCACCUUCCCCACCGAGUACGUGAAGACGCAGCUGCAGCUGGACGAGAAAGCCAACCCCCCUCGCUACCGGGGCAUCGGGGACUGUGUGAAGCAGACUGUGCGCAGCCAUGGCGUCCUGGGCCUCUACCGGGGCCUCAGCUCUCUGCUCUACGGCUCCAUCCCCAAAGCGGCCGUCAGGUUCGGAAUGUUCGAAUUUCUCAGUAACCAAAUGCGGGACGCCCAGGGCCGGCUGGACAGCACCCGAGGGCUGCUUUGCGGGCUGGGGGCCGGCGUGGCCGAGGCCGUGGUGGUCGUGUGCCCCAUGGAGACCAUCAAGGUGAAGUUCAUCCACGACCAGUGCUCCCCCAACCCCAAGUACCGCGGCUUCUUCCACGGGGUGAGGGAGAUCAUCCGUGAGCAAGGUUUGAAGGGCACCUACCAGGGUCUCACCGCCACCGUGCUGAAACAAGGCUCCAACCAGGCCAUCCGCUUCUUCGUCAUGACCUCCCUGCGCAACUGGUACCGAGGGGACGACCCCAACAAGCCCAUGAACCCGGUGGUGACGGGGGCGUUUGGAGCCAUCGCGGGGGCCGCCAGCGUCUUUGGGAACACGCCGCUGGACGUGAUCAAGACCCGCAUGCAGGGCUUGGAGGCUCACAAGUACAAGAGCACGUGGGACUGCGGCUACCAGAUCAUGAAGCACGAGGGCCUCAAGGCCUUCUACAAGGGCACCGUGCCCCGGCUGGGCCGAGUCUGCUUGGACGUGGCCAUCGUCUUCAUCAUCUAUGACGAAGUCGUGAAGCUGCUCAACAAGGUGUGGAAGACGGACUGAAGGGGGCGCCGCUGCUGGACAGCCCGGGGCCCCGCUUUGGCCCCUGCUCCUCGGGGCCCCGGCCGCGAGGGGGCCGUGUCCCCCACCACUGUGAGCGGGCAGGUGGCGGCCGGCCUCUGGGUGUGACCUUUGGCCUCUGCCCCACCUCCUUCCCGCCUCUUGCCCGUCAUUCUCCGAGAUGUGGGGGGAGGGGGGCCAAGCCCCCGCCCGGGCCCCUGGAGCCCCGACCCCGGAGCCCCCAUUCCAGUGUGACUUGUGCCAAACAGAUCUUGUCCCAUGUUUUCUGUGUCGUGUCUGCUGCGUUCCACGUUCUGUGUGUAUCCUUGUGUCUGUCAUUCGUGUCUGUCACUGCCGGCUCCGCCCCCGUGCCUUCUAAGCCACAGGCCUCCCUGGGGGGGGCAGGGCCCCCCCGAGACUCGCGCCUGGCGGGGGCGGGGACGCCCCCCAGGACCAAAUCCUCCUCUCCCGGAGAGAUCCCAGCCCCCGCCCCGCCACACACCAAAGCUGCCUCCGGGGGUCCGGCCUCGGCCCCCAAAGCCACCGGUGCCCUUAGCCCGGGCCUGGGGGGCUCCCGGCUCUGGGCCGGUGGGGGCCGGGGCGAGCCACGUCAUGGGACCAAGGUCUGUGUGGGUGGUGGGGGCAGAGGGGAAGCGGAGGGGGCCGGCCGGGGCUGGACGGGCCUCGGUGCAGGGGUCGGGGCCUCGGCCCUGGGCCUAGGCCUUCACCCCAGAUCCACUUCCUGCCUCACACCCGAUGACAGAAUAAACCGCAAGCUGGUAUCAA